AUGCCCUACCCUCAGCCAAAAAAUUCAGAUGACUUGAGAUCUGAAGCUCCCUCGGCGUCAACUGUUCCAAGUAGUGCAGAAGGCGAACAAAAUAUUGGAAGUCCAUUUAGAAUGACGGAUGAAAGUUUUCAUGACCCCGAUGAAAUGUUGUUCGACCUAAAUGAAGAUUUAGAGGGUACGACAGAUGUCCUAGAUGAUGAGUUACGAGUUGAAGCACCUAGAUCCGGGAUGGAAUUUGGAGAUGCCAAAGCGCUUAUGAUCUACUAUAAGCAAUAUGCGAAGCAGGAGGGUUUUGGGGUACGAACAUUUCGGACUAGAAGAGAUGAUGAUGGGAGGCCUGUGUACGUGACCGUUGGUUGUUCCCAUGGUGGGAAGUACCAACCUAAGGGUAGUAACAUCUCGAAGCCACGACCAACAUCUAAAACAGACUGUAAGGCGAAGGUAAAUGCAACAUUGAACAAGGAUGAUAAGUGGGUUUUCACCACUGUUGAAAACAUGCACAACCACAUAACUGUGAGCCCCAAGAAGACAAGACUUUUGCGAUCUCAUAAGUAUUUAGAUGAGUAUAGUCAAAGGAUGCUUGAGUUGAAUGACAGAGCUGGUAUACGACUGAACAAAAAUUAUUAUUCACUUGUAGUUGAUGCAUGGGGGUUUGAGAAUCUUCAAUUUCAAGAAAAAGAUUGUCGGAAUUUCAUUAACAAGUCUAGAUAUUUAAGGAUGGGUAAAGGAGGGGGCGAAGCACUUAAUCAGUAUUUCAAACGAAUGAGAGAUCAGAAUGAUGGCUUCGUCUCAAACAUGGACGUGGAUGAUGAUGGGAGGGUACGAAAUGUUUUUUGGGCCGAUGCACGAAGUCGAGCCGCAUAUGAAUAUUUCGGGGACGUUGUAACUUUUGACACAACGUACCUAACUAAUAGGUAUGGAAUGCCUUUUGCACUAUUCGUUGGUAUUAACCAUCAUGGGCAAUCCAUACUAUUAGGGGCGGGAUUGCUUUCAAGCGAGGAUACACAUACAUUUGUUUGGUUGUUUCGAGAGUGGUUGGAUUGCAUGAAUGGUCGGGCACCUAAAGCCAUCAUUACCGACCAAGAUAGGGCAAUGAAGAGUGCCAUUGCUAUCGUAUUCCCCGAAACUCGCCAUAGAUAUUGUUUAUGGCAUAUAAUGCGCAAGCUGCCAGAAAAAUUGGGAUCUCAUGCCAAAUUCAAUUCAGGGUUGAAGAUCGACCUGCAAACUGCAUUAUAUGACUCACAGACAACCACAGAAUUUGAGAUGAGUUGGGGUCAAGUACUUGAGAAGUAUGCACUGACAGGCAAUAAUUGGCUUGAAUCGUUAUACGAGGAUAGAUCUUUCUGGGUUCCAGCUUACUUAAAGAGUGUAUUUUGGGCUGGUAUGAGCACUACGCAAAGGUCAGAAAGUAUGAAUGCAUUUUUCGACGGGUAUGUCCAUUCUGGAACAACAUUGAAGGAGUUUGUAGACCAAUUUGAUAACGCGCUUAGAAAGAAGGUCGAGGUAGAAGUUGUUGCGGAUUUCAAUUCUAACAACCAGACUAUUCCCUGCGUGUCCCAUUUCAACAUCGAGAAACAGUUUCAGAAGUUGUAUACAAAUGCAAAGUUCAAAAAGGUCCAAGGAGAGUUGCUGGGCCUAAUGUGUUGCAAUUGUUGGUUGAUAAACACAGACGGGUGCAUUUUAACAUACAGUGUCUUGGAUGAAAUAUCUAUUGACGACCACAUCAAAACGGUCCAAUACUCAGUUCACUAUAAUGAGGAGGAGAUGGAGGUCAAAUGCACUUGUGCAUUGUUUGAGACUAGGGGCAUUCUAUGUAGGCAUGCACUUAGAGUUUGUCAGUUAAGAAAGAUUAAUGUGCUGCCAGAUCGUUACGUGUUGGAUCGGUGGAGAAAGGACCUAAAGAGGAGAUACACUUUACUCAGAAGUAGUUACGAUGACCAACGGGACAGAUCUGAUGCACGAAAUUAUGAGCUUGUUGUUAAAAGAUGUUCGCAAUUGGCAAUCAAAAUAUCCUCAGAUAAUGAAAAGGUCAGUGCAUUCCUACGUGUUGUCAAUGAAUUUGAUACAACAUGUGAUGCGCCAGCACAUGAGUCGAGAUACUGCCAAAAUAGGAGCAAACCAGAUGAGGUGUUGGAUAAAGGUAAAAAGGUGUUAAGCCCCAACGUGGUUAGAGGGAAAGGGAGACCCCCAAGUAAGAGGAAGAUGCCACCCGUGGAAAAGUUGGCCACAAAGAGAAAGAGACCGACUUGGAGGAAAAUCUUGGUGGAUGAAACACAAUUGGGUGACACUGCAGGAUCUCAACAACACCAAUUUGAUGAUGGGGUUGGUGUUGGUGUUGGGACACAAAUCUCCAUUCUUACACAAUCAACUCCACCGGGCAAUGAGGUUAUGCAGUGCCACAUAAGCUAUUUUUUGCUUCUUUUUGGUAGGAAGACUUCCGGUUUUUAA